UUCUUCAGUUUCAUCAAUCCCUCUUUUAUGUUGUUGUUGCAUAAUUUCUAUCACGUGAGACUCUAUUUUCGGUGCCUAGGAAAAAUAUAGAGAGGCUUCACGAUGAGAUGCUGAGAUACUUCAAAGUUGUUUGUAGGGAGAAGGACCCCAAUAAGGCAAAGGACCUGAGGCAAAGGACCCCAAUAAGAGGGAGAUGAGCCUUGAGGAGAAACACAAGUUGGGUAUUGGGUUGCAGAGUUUUCCUCCUGAGAAAAUGGAGCAGGUGAUACAUAUCAUAAGGAAGAGGAAUGGGAAUCUAAAGCAAGACGGGGAUGAGAUUGAGCUUGAUAUUGAGGCUGUUGACACUGGGAUCCUUUGGUAACUUGAUCGAUUGGUGACCAAUAGGAAGAAGAUGAUGAGCAAAAUUAAGCGGCAGGCACUACUUGGCAACUUGGACAACAACAAUGCCACAUCCAAUAAAUCGAAUGGGGGAAUUGGCUCCAGCAAUUCAAGUAGUGAUUCCUCGUCGUCUAGUGAUUCAGAUUCAGGGAGUUGCUCAAGGAGUGAUUCUGAAGCAUGGCCAAUGUGCGGUGUUCUGCCGAAGAAAAUGAUUUGCCUCACGGCUUCUUUUAAGUGUGCAGCUUCAAUUCAUGGACUAGGUAGUGUUGUUGUGAACAUGGUUUGUUGUUUCAUAUUGGAUGGAAUAUUGGAAGGAUUUUUGGUGGCAGGACAACUGCUAGAAGAGGUUUGUGGUGUGCAUUAUUUUGUAAAAAGGAUUCCUAAUACUGAAGAGCUAAUCAAAAUAAUGGUAGGCCAGAAAUUAGAAUGCAGUAUAGUGAAAAUCUUAGUUUAGUUCCAUUAGAUUGGUUAGAGAUUAGGAUAGGUCAGGAAGAAUCAAUGUUUUUGAGUUCACCUUGUACACAAUACUGCUACAGUAAAUAGAAUUAUCUUCGUUGGAGAUGGCCUUUUAUCAAAAGGGAUAUGUAUCUAACUUGUUGGGAUCGACAGUUAAUCAGAUUAGCGAUCUAAAUUUUGUAUGUACCACAGA